AUGAGUUCAGUCGCUUCUUCUUCUUCCACUGCUUCUUUUGCCUUUUCGUCCAAUUCAACCUCACCCCAACCUCGCUACCAAUCACUACCUAUCAACAAACCACUCAACUCUCCCAAAGAUCAUGUCAAUCAUGAAUCACCCGAAUAUUCUCCUGGAAGAGUUAAAGGUAAAUCAAGAUCCAAUACUAUCACAAGUAUAAAUUCGAACUCGAUUUCAAAUCCUACCUCGAUCCCAAGUCCAAUCCCAAUCCCAAUUCAUCAUGGAAACGGGUAUAAUACGAGAUCAGCACCUACCAGUCCCAAUGGCAGGAUAAUAAUACAAGGUUUGACUCCAUUAGUCAAUAUGAAUGGAAUGCAACUGGAGCAAAACCCCCAGCGACAUUCACAAAAUCAAAGUCAAGUUAGACAAGCGUUUGCCCCUCAAUCUCAAUCUCAAUCUCAAUCUCAAUCUCAAUCUCAAUCUCAAUCUCAAUCUCAACAAGGCCACAUGGAACCACCACCUUUAUUCAAGAAUAUACCUCCCAGACCAACACAUAUUCAUUCACAAUCAUUACCUCCAAUAAAUCAAUCCUCACUGUUGCUACAACCUUUUCCCCCCAUACAUCGUCCAUAUCCAUAUCAACAUCAACAGCAAAAUGCAGGAGGUCCCUCUCGUCAACCAAUAUAUCCUACAUCUACACUUUCACAAUCACAACUCCCAGCCAAGCCAGUCCUUCGUAAUAAACCCAGACAUUCUUUCUCCAAGCAACAUGGUGAAGAUUCCGGUAUGGAUUCGGACGCUACCGUCAGAGGUCCUACUAUAGUUCAAGAGAAUGCAAAUACAACUACGAGUGUGGGCAUUAGCAGAUAUAAAGGGAAAGGAAGUACCAGUCAACCUGAUUUGACAGCUUUGAGAUCAAGAAGAGCUGAAGGCUGGGCCGAGAAUCUUAGAGGUCAGACUACUCCAACAUCUGUUCAGCACAAUCCCGUAUCGUCUGGAUCAGCAUCUACACCUACAUACGAAAUUUGGAAUGGAAAGGGGAAUGGGUCUCCAAUAGGUUCUUCAACACAAAUUGAUUCUGGAUCAGGAGAAGUUAGAAAACGGCCAAAUCACUCUCGAACGAAAACACCACCUUCACGCCCCAUGCAUAUCCAACCUCUUGAGUCUGCUGCGAUAGAACCUUGGUUACCUUCCUCACCGAAAACUUCGCGUUCAGCUGGUUCAUUAGUCAAUCUGAGAAAAUCGCCAUCACCCAGAAACUCACAUUUAUCCAUUCCUACAAUGUCGCCUAUCACAUCAAAUCGAAUGGCGCUGAGCUCAUCGUCAGACGAUGACCAUGCCUCAUAUUUUGUGAAUAGAACUGGAUUUCAGUAUGGAAGACCUGAACCAGGUGGAAUGUCAAGUGGGGAUGCCGAUGAUGACGAUAACGAUGAAUCAAAUGGUUCACUCUCAAGUGGCGAUUCCUUGAGUUUCUCGCCUAAGAAGACAAGGUUAAGAUCCAACUUCAGAAACAGAUCUUUCCUUGAAAAACGUAACUCUCCCCCUAGAGGUUUAGGUCUCUCUUUAGGUGACGAAGACGAAACCGACGUACCCAAUACAAUUGAGCCUAAACAUGUACCAAAAACUCUUUUAACCAAAAUGAUAAGAAGGUUUCAGAACUCAACCCUAUUACCAUUGAGAUUAUUAGCUAUCAUUCCAUCUUUGUGGGGAAUAUGUGUUUUAUCUCAAGCAUUAGUUACUGGAGGGCUAUGGGUGGAUGUUUGGCCAUGGGGGGUUGACCUCUCUAAAGAAGCUUUGGAAAGAUUGGUAGCUGGAGGCGAUGGACACAUGGGUUCAUGGAAUAAAGUCAAUAGAGGUGAUGUUCUGAUUAGUAUCUUAUGGGCAAUGUUGACAGCACAUUUCUGCUUCUCGCUCACUACUGGUUUGACCCAUCGAUGGAGAUCCUACUAUUCAUUACCAUCAACACUCACACGAUUAUUAUCCUUACAGUGUCUAUGUUGGCCUGCCACAUAUCUCACACUAUGGUUUCUUGGUGCAGAAAGAGUACAUCUUUGUUGGGUCGUUAUUGGAAUUACAACCGGGUGGUCUAGAACAGUACAAAUGUGGGUGACCUCAAAUGUCAUUCCACCAGCUCAGCAAGGUAGAAGGACCUCUAAUACUUCCGACGGUGUUAAUCCUGGAGGAUCUGGAGGGGGAGAUUUGACUCCGAAUUUAAGAAGAUCUUCGAAAGUGAUUGGUUUAGGUCCACCUGAAAUUCCAGAGGGUCUGAGUGUUUGGGAAUCUUUCAUGUGGGGAAGGAAAUGGGAUUGGACAAACGUUCAGAGAGAAGUAGUCGGGAAAGUCGCCGCGCUGCUUUUGAUCAGUUCAGCUUGGUUAUUCUGGGAGAAAGAACAACAAAUGCAAACAACUUCGCAAAUGAAGGGAAUGAUCAAUCCAUAG